AUGCCAUAUUGGGCGACUGUUAGCAUUAGCUAGCCAGCUUAACUACAGUUUUUCUCUAUCCCUGUGUUUGGAACCUAGAAUCUAGAGAGAGAGAGAGAGAUGGCGGCGGCGGCGGCGGCGGCGGCGGCGGUGUCACAGUGCCCAAUCACCGGCGUAGAGAAGAAGAAAAACCGACUACAUUUCAGCAAAUUAAGCAGUAGAGUUCAAUUUGGGGGCAUUAAUUUCAGGAACCACAAGCAAUUACUGUUAGCCAAUGCAGCUGUUAAUGGCGGAAGCUCGGAAAAUGGCGGUGCUGUUUCCGUCACUCGGAGCUCUUCUCCUUCUCCGCCGCCUCCCCCUGCUACCACUCGGGCAAAGCGUCAUACAAUCUCAGUAUUUGUUGGGGAUGAAAGUGGUAUAAUAAACAGAAUAGCCGGUGUGUUUGCUCGUCGAGGCUACAAUAUUGAGUCCCUUGCUGUUGGGCUGAAUCAGGACAAGGCUUUGUUCACCAUAGUUGUGUCUGGAACAGAAAAGGUUUUGCAACAAGUCGUGGAACAGCUCAACAAGCUUGUGAAUGUCUUAAAGGUAGAAGAUUUGUCGAAAGAAGCCCAAGUAGAACGUGAACUAAUGCUAAUAAAGUUGAAUGCAGAUUCUAACACUAAAGGCGAAAUUAUGUGGUUAGUAGACAUCUUCAGGGCAAGCGUUGUGGACAUAUCAGAACACACUUUGACUAUCGAGGUCACUGGAGAUCCUGGGAAAAUGGCAGCUGUCUUAAGAAACCUCAAAAAGUUUGGUAUUAAAGAACUUGCAAGAACUGGGAAGAUUGCAUUGAGGAGGGAAAAGAUGGGCGAGACAGCUCCAUUUUGGAGGUUUUCUGCAGCUUCUUAUCCAGAUCUUGAAAGAACUGUACCCAUUGAGGCUAUUUCGGACGUUGCUGCUAAGCAAGUAAAUGUUAAACACACUAAUGGCAGCCUUAUUCCUUCCUCGGGGGGUGAUGUUUAUCCUGUUGAACCUGACGGUGGCUUCUAUAAUCGAAUUCUUGAUGCUAACUGGGGAGUUCUCUACGAUGAAGAUUCAAGUGGCCUUCAAUCACACACUUUAUCCAUGGUCGUCAACAACUCCCCCGGAGUUUUGAACUUGAUAACUGGUGUCAUAUCUCGAAGAGGAUAUAAUAUUCAGAGUCUUGCUGUAGGCCCCGCAGAAAGCGAAGGGAUUUCACGCAUAACAACUGUUGUUCCUGGAACAGAUGAAAGUAUUGGAAAAUUGGUUCAGCAAUUCUAUAAGUUGGUGGAUAUUCAUGAGGUUCAAGAUAUGACACACUUGCCAUUUGCCGAGCGUGAACUAAUGCUGAUUAAAAUUGCUGCAAAUGCUUCUGCAAGAAGGGAUGUUCUUGACAUAGCCAACAUUUUCCGGGCUAAACCCGUUGAUGUCUCUGAUCAUACAGUGACAUUAGAGGUAACGGGAGAUUUCAAUAAAAUGCUUGCACUCCAGAAUUUGUUGGAGCCUUACGGUAUUUGUGAGGUGGCUAGGACCGGAAGGGUGGCGUUGGCUCGGGAAUCUGGCGUAGAUUCCAGAUACCUCAGAGGAUAUUCUAUUCCCUUGUAAUAACAAGUAAUGUAUCCCUAAUUUUAUCUUUGCUUCUUUGUUCUCUCUCUCUCAACUUCCGACAAGCAAGAAGCCAAGAACUGCUGUUGUUUGUACAACAAUAAUAAUAGAUUUACGCGAGCACGGUCGUCUCUCAUGGUUGUGAUUCGUCAGAAUAAAGAGAUAGUUCCGAAAAUGUUAUUCUUGUUCUA